AUGACUUCCCUUUCACUUCUACUCGUCUUUUACAUUCUGUCACUCCUUUCCCUCGCCCAUUCUCUAAAAUCCACUCCCAUCGACCUCGGCUACGCAACCCACGCACCCACAUAUCUCAACUCAACCGCGUCAGGAACUCGUGUAUCCCUCUACAACAACAUCAGGUUCGCGCAGCCCCCGACCGGCGACCUCCGAUUUCGCAAGCCACGCACUCCCCCACCACACCAGGCCGGCAUCCAAGACGGACGCGAUCGACUGUACACCUCUGACUGCGUGAGCUCGGCGCCCGAUGAAGUUCCCAUCCCCGGCAUCAACGGCUCAACCUGGGGACAGGAGGAUUGUCUUUUCUUGAAUGUCUGGGUUCCAGAAGGAGUGCGCCCGGGAAUCGACCGGGUGCCGGUGGUCCAUUGGUUGCAUGGUUCGGGAUAUGCAUUUGGCAGUAAAGACAUCAUGGUGGAUGGGAUGUCUUUGAUGGAUCGUGUGAGAAAACCAGAGGAUCGGUUCAUCUAUGUGGCGAGUAAUUAUAGGCUGGGGCUUUAUGGGUGGUCCUCGGCCGCAGACGAAGAUAUGGACGCCAAUGUCGGGCUGCAUGAUGGUAUUGCUGCGGUGGAGUGGACGAAGAAGUACAUAUCGCGCUUUGGUGGUGAUCCGGAUAAUAUCACGGUCAUGGGAGAGAGCGCAGGGGCCACGAUGGUUGCCUUGAUGUUGGUCGCAGAAGGACUUGACCUUCCUUUCCAAAAGGCAUUUAUCUCGUCGCCCGCCAUGAUGCCCAGACGAAACGUCACGAGCCGUCGCAGAAAUGUUUUCAAUCAAGUCCUCAAAGCAGCCAACUGCAUAUCCCUUGGCUGUCUACGCAAUGCGUCCGCUACAACCCUGGUCAAGGCUAAUAAAUAUCUCCUCAUUGAGGUCCCAGGUAUUGGGCUGGGGCCGUUCCCUGACGGGAAAUAUAUCCCCGAUGCGAUGACAAUCCUAUUCAACAAAGGACAGUUUAAUAAACAAGUCCAAUCUGUGGUCUCUGGCAACACCGCUGCCGAAGGAUUCGGGACAACCCCAGAUGUGAGCACCAUGCACGAGUUUGCCACACUCAUAAGGCGCAUGCUACCUGGGGCAACCAAUGCCACCGUCCAGCGGAUCCGGGAAUUGUACCCAUACCCGGACUCUCAGAUACAGGCCGUGGCAGCAGAUUGGACGACUGAUGUUGCGUUUGGCUGCAACGCUCAGGCAAUCGCAAAGGCAUAUGCGAACAAGACGCGACGAUAUGUUUUUUCAGUUCCGCCUGCAAUGCACGCGCUGGAUUUGAAUUAUCUAUUCUACACGGAUGAAGAUAAAACACCCGUCUCGAACGUGACGUUGGCAAGGGAGUUCCAGUCCAGAACGCUUGCUUUCGUCCGUGGACACGGCAAUACUCCUAAUACUGCGACUGGGGACUGGCCGGUUUAUGAGAACAGGUCAAGCAUGGUAAAUAUCACAGAGGGUGGCUUUGUGAAGGCCGUUGAUCCUUGGGCUAUGAGGAAAAAUUGUGACUUGAUAUUUGAAAUAGUUAUGGACCCAGCGAAUGGGGCUUGA